CAGCGACAUUAAAGAAGUACGGAUCUGAAGCGCGGAUCUCGAGCGCGUUUCGAAAUAAAACACCGCAUAAUAAUGUUUCAUGGGCUCUACUUGUAUUGGAAGAGUUUCGUGUGGCCGCUGCUGAUAGUUGGGCUCGCUUCAGCGGAAGUCUGCGAUGAAAAUUCACAAUAUCAGUGUGAAGAAUAUGGAAAGUGUAUCCCAAUCAUGGAUCGUUGCAAUGGGACACCAGAUUGUAAGUACGGGAGCGACGAAUCCUUUGCAGAGUGCAAGGCCCACCUGAAUGACUCGGUGGCAGACAUGUUCUACUGUGCCUCUGGCAUACUAAUGAUCGAUGAACAACUUUGCAACAAUGUAAGGGAUUGCCCUGAUGGAUCUGAUGAGCUGCCACAAUUAUGUGAAUACGAGCCUUUUGGACUAAAGUUUAAGGACUUGAACAUUCAGGGCAAAUGUCGAAGUUCAGAAAUCGAAUGCCUACCUGGGGAGUGCGUCCCUAAAAAUAAGAAAUGCGAUGGCAGAAUCGACUGCAGCAAUGGUCGGGAUGAGUCCCUGGAACUCUGCUUGGAUAGCUGCCGAGACUGUUUUAAGUGUGCCAAUGGCGUAGCAAUCAAUUCGGAACUCGUCUGCGAUAACAAAAUAGACUGCUUGGACGGAUCCGACGAGUUGCGCAAUGUCUGCCAAGGAAAUUCGAAAAGCUGGAUAGAGACCCUGCCAGCGAUCUGCAUAGAGCCGCCAGACGGGAAGCACAGAUUUACCGACAAUACAAUAUUCCAUAUGCGAAAAGAAACACGCUUUGUUUAUCCCAAUCAACCUGCCGAGCUGCAAUGCCAGAGCAACAAUCAAACAGCUUGGAAUGUGUGCAUGAAGGACGGGUCCUGGAACCGCGAACUUCCCUCGUGCACGACCAUGCCUAAAAUUGUGAACAGAAACCCGGACACGAAUGGCACAAACGGCUGUCGAAUGGACUGGUACAACAAUGAGACCAUGAUUAUCUAUAGACUCCAAGAAAGCGACCAGACCAAACCAAUCGUACCCCCAAUCACAGUUGGAGAAGUGCGGUUCGGCUGCGAGUAUGGAAACACCUUUCUGCCACACAUCUACGAGGGCUCUUCCUUGUUCUGCGAUUUCGAAGAAACGUGGAAUUGGUCACAGGAGAACUUUAAUCCGCGCUGUACCAAGCUUUGCCGACUAGAGGAUCUGAAUAUAAUUAAUUCUUUGACUCCCACGUGCUUAAAUAGCAAGGAUGGAUCAAAGUUCAAUUGUGAUGACGAAUACUCUCUGAUUCCUUAUACCACCGUGAAAUUCGGGUGCACCGAGGGUUUUAAGCGCCUGACCGAUAACGAAUAUUCUGUAACAUGCAACGAAAAUGGCAUAUGGGAGGGCUUGCAGGAGCUGUGCUUGAAGCAGGAUAAACUGUGCACAUAUGAGUGCGGUAGGAAUGAAGCCACCAUGUUCAGCGCAAAUGGCGUUUCAACAAAUUCACAUCAUGCUUCGUGGGUCGUUCCCAUUUAUACGAAUCCAAAUGAUACACAAUACAGCUUCGCAUGUGCUGGAAAUUUGAUUGAACUCAACAUUGUACUGACUGCAGGCCAUUGCGUAUAUGGUCUGAAAGCAGGUCAAAUACGCGUGGGACACACCGGCAACAGAUCCCAGACAAUUCAUGAAAGUUUUUAUGUGGUUAAACAUGCUGAAUCGUACCAAGGGUAUUACCCAACCCACCCUUACCAUGAUGUGGGAAUUAUCAUAUUGGAUAAGCGUAUAAGGCUCAGACAAGAUCUGCACGUUGUUUGUCUGCCAUACUACUCGCCAACACCACUAAAUUUGGACCAGUCGUUUUCAAAUGUGCUAUCCUGGUCGGCCGAUGGAUAUUUGAUGAGCGUUACCGGCGCGAUCACUGAGCCAAUAAAUAAAACUGGCGAUGUAACAAUUAACCUAUCAUCCAAUGGAAAACUCUGUCCCGGCGACAGUGGAGCCGGGCUGAUCGUGUCCUGUAGAACCAGUGUUCUACAGUCAGACCAGUGUUUAGUUGGUGUGGUAAGCAGAGCACUUAGACCAGGGGAACAUGGAACAAUGUGCUCUGGCGAAGUGAUUGCCGCCAGCAUAACUGGCGUAUACAUUCAAGCUUGGAUCGAAGAGGUAAAAAAUUCUUUUUCGAGGUGCUCGAUUAGCUAGUAGAUUCGAAGAUACGUAUCUUCCUUUUAUACAUAUGUAUAUGCUUUGUUAAUAUUAUCUGUAUCUAUUAUCUAUUAU